AUGCCAGCUUAUCACUCUACUUUCCCUGUCGAUCCCCAAAAUGAUCGUAUGAUUGGUAAUUUUGUAUUAUUGCCAUUAAAUUCAAAAUUUAGAGGUCCAGCAUAUCCUGCUAAUUCAGAUUAUGAUAUAAUUGAUGAAUGUCUCGAUUUAUUUCGUGCUAAUUCCUUCUUUAAAAAUUUUGAAAUUAAAUCUCCUGCUGAUAGAGUACUCAUUUAUGGUAUCUUGUAUAUUAAUGAUUGUUUAGCUCAUUUAAAACCACAAACAACUCAUAAUGAAGCUGUUAAAGUAUUAACGAAUUUAUCAUUAGAUAAUUUUAAAUUACCAGGUACACCAGGUUUCCCAUUAAAUAAUGUAUAUUCUAUACCUGUACAGGAUCGUAAUCAAAUGGAUUUAUUAAAAAAUUAUAUUCAACAAUUUAGACAAGAAUUAGCAAUGAGAUUAUUAGAUAGAAUUUAUGCAGAUUCUAAAGAACAACCAUCUAAGUUUUGGUUAGCUUUCACUAGAAGAAGAUUCAUGAACAAGAGUUUAUAA